ACACUAAACUUUAGGUACCUAUUGAUACCAUACGAUGAAUAUUGAAUACUUAACUUUAAAUUUAUUAUAUACCCUAUAACUAUUACAUUGAAAAUAAAUAUCAAGUAUUAUAGCAACAAUGGCUUCAUCAAAUAUUAAAAAACUCUGCAAUGCAUUUAAUAAAAUGAAGUUAGAUAAUAUAAUUGUUCGGUCUUACUAUCAACCCCCACGAUACCGUCCUCCCUAUUGGUUUCUCCCUAAAGAAAGAGUGAUAAGUGAAGAUAUGUUGACACAAGAAAAUAGAGAUUUUAUUGAAGAGGUAAGGCAAGACAAACAAAAUUUGCAAAAAGCAAUGGAAUCUCCCUUGUCUAAAGUGGAAUCAGCACAAAUAACUCAAUGGACACCAUUUACGAGAAGGGUGGGGUUGAUUGCUCGUAAAAUAGGAAACUAUCCUUUAUGGUCUAAGGAUGGCAAAAAGUUUCAAACUACUUUAGUACAGGUUGUAGAUAAUCAUGUCAUUAAAUAUAUACCACCAGAAGAGUAUAAGCCAAUGCAAACAAAGAAACUUUGGAAAGAAAAAAGAACACUUGGGUGCAUGUUAGUGGGUUCAGAAACAAUAGAUCCCAGUACAGUCACAAAAGACUAUUGUGGAUUAUUCACAAAUGUAGGAAUGCUGCCAAAGAGACACCUUUGCAGGUUCAUGGUGUCACCUCAUGCACAACUACCUACCGGCACCCCUUUAUUUGCCACUCAUUUUAGAGUAGGCGAUUAUGUAGAUGUUCGUGCUAAGACGAUUGAUCGCGGUUUCCAAGGGGUUAUGAAGAGGUGGAAAUUUAAAGGAAUGCCUGCAUCACAUGGUGUGACAAAAACUCAUAGGCGACCAGGAAAUAUUGGAGGCGGAGGUGAAAAAGGUCGAGUUUGGCCGGGAACCAAAAUGCCUGGACACAUGGGUAAUAGUUGGAGAAUUUUGAGAGGUGUCAAAAUUUUACGAAUAAAUACAGAAUACAAUGUGCUGUGGAUGCUUGGGGUUGGAAUACCAGGUGAAACCGGUGCCAUGUGCUACAUCUAUGACACUAUCCUGCCAUUGAGAAAGCUAAAGACCUCUCCACCAUUCCCGACUCAACCCUUUGUUGAAGAUCUACCGCAAGAGUAUUUUGAUGAAGCAGUACAUCCAUUUGACGAAUCAACAAUUACAUAUGAAGAAAGCUAGUAUAAAUAAGUUAAUCAUUCAUUUUCGUUGUCUUAACUAUUAGGUGUAUUAAUGAAUAAAAGAUAUAAUUAGA